AGUCACGGAAAACUUCAUCCACUUCAAGUCCAGACACUUUCCCCCUCUUCCAGUCCGGACACUCCCCCCCCCCCCCUUCCAGUCCGGACACUUUCCCCCCCCCCCUUUCCAGUCCGGACACUUUCCCCCCCCCCCCCCUUCCAGUCCGGACACUUUCCCCCCCUUCCAGUCCGGACACUUUCACCCCCCCUUCCAGUCCGGACACUUUCACCCCCCCUUCCAGUCCGGACACUUUCACCCCCUUCCAGUCCGGACACUUUCACCCCCCUUCCAGUUCGGACACUUUCCCCCCCUUCCAGUUCGGGACACUUUCCCCCCCUUCCAGUCCGGACACUUUCCCCCCCCCCCUUCCAGUUCGGACACUUUCCCCCCCUUCCAGUCCGGACACUUUCCCCCCCCUUCCAGUCCGGACACUUUCCCCCCCCCUUCCAGUGCGGACACUUUCCCCCCCUUCCAGUCCGGACACUUUCCCCCACUUCCAGUCCGGACACUUCCCCCCCCACUUUCAGUCCGGACACUUCCCCCCCCCCCCCCCUUCCAGUCCGGACACUCCCCCCCCCCCCCCUUCCAGUCCGGACACUUUCCCCCCCCUUCCAGUCCGGCCACUUU